GACCAAAACACUUUGACCCCGGUAUGUCAAUGCUCACACGGAUAAUCGAAAAUUUCAUGUAGCCGGGCAUCACCUACCAGCUAGCUCAUGCUGGGAUAAUGUUGCAUCGUUAUAUCAACGAGGGGAUAUAGACUGUUAUAUAGUGACUUAUACGGGUAUCAAAGUCUCUUGUACCGGAUUAUCGUCCCGUGGAAUCCUGCGAGGAGACGUUAUAUCGGUGCGAUCGAAAUCGACAUCUGCUUAAUAGAGUCAGAUCAAUCAACCAUGCCGUAUGACCAAGCAAGCAUCUUCGGGAGGCGCCUUUUUACGUAAAGUAAACACAAAAUCCCCAAUAUUCGCACGAAGGUGCCGCGUGGAAUUGCAGACAACGUUUUUCCAAAAACUAUUGCAUCAGCCUCAGUCAAACAGUCAAGUUUGGUGGUAUCCGGCGUGGAGAUCGACGCCAUUGAGAAAAUGGGUCUACAACCCUCCCUCGCAGGCUGCCACGACGGGUCUCUGCUGUCGUACCUGGUGGCGAGAUAUCAGCGAUACAGAAACGGAAUGCAUCCAUGGCAAGUCAUCGCCCGCACAAUUCAAAUCAGCCCCGACAUCUGUGUCAGCACCCAGAAAUCGUAUAUGCCUGUCUCCUCCUGGCCGUAUUGCUCUUCAAAGAGAGCGGAAACGAGGAGAAACAGCUCACCUCUCUGGGCCUCGACCCCGCCAUCUCGUCCAUAUUCGAUGGGUCUUUCGUUCGCGCCGUGUUCCCGGAAUACGAGCGAAAGUGGUUUGACAACCCGCAGUGGGCGCAAUCAGAAAUGGAAAAUGCGAUGGACAGCAGGAAGGCCGGCUUCUUUGCGGAUAUGCUGUGGCUGAACGUUAGUUGAAGGUUUUUCGACACUUUAAAGGGGCAUUUGUGCUCGCUUCUAAGAUGGCGCGGCUAGAUGACGAGGUUUUUAUGCUUCAAAAUUCGGAGGUACCGGUCGUUCUGCGGGAAGAA